UGGAAAUAAAACAGUGCUAACGGAGAAGCAAACAUAUAGUCGUGCUAGUCAGCUGUGCCGCACACAGAAAACAUGGCAGCUGCAGACACAGACAGAAGCUUGAAGAUGAGUGAAAUUAAACAAUGCCUCCCACAAAUAAGCAAGGCAUUAUUGACAGCCGCCUGUCUGACUUGUCCCAAUGAACCAGUGGAGUUCCUUAAAAGAGUGCUUAUUGCAUUCCAGGGACAUGCUAAUCUGCAAACUGUCGACUGGCAAAAAUUUGUUGAUUAUGUAAACAAUUUCAUUACAAAAGAUUCUCUGAAAUCCAGAGCUGGAGACACAAGUGCCCAAAGCGCCCAAAUGGAGCUAUAUUGUCAAUUAGAAAAGGCUGCCUCUUGUUACGUGAGACACUUACUGGGUUUAUGCUUCAGGGCGUGGAAGAAGUUCAUUCAGCAGAAGAAAGAAGAAGCCAUAGAGAUGGCUCUGCAGAUGGAGGUGGCAAAGGCACAUGAUGAGAAGAAGAGCCAGAAUGCUGCAUUCAUUAGAUGGCUGAACUUUGUGAGGUUACACAAGAAUAGAAGAGCAGAGAGCAUUACGAAACUUCAGAGUCUGCUGAACAAAAUCCGCGUCAAGCGCAGCAUAUCGUUUUGGCACGUCAUUGCUAUGGAUUCACAGAGGCGAAAAGAGUAUUUCGAGAAGUUGGAGACAAAUGUCAAAGAAUUUGACGGUAAAAGUCAGCAGCCUUCUCAGACUGAGCCUUUGGAGAAAAGAGUUGAUGGAAUCGCAGAGCUCCCUCAUCACCUCUCACUGAAGAUCUUUCAGUAUUUAGAAUUAAGGGACUGGCUAAACUGUUCUGAGGUCUCCAAUACCUGGAAAGCGAUUGUCCACUCAGGCACGUUGUGGAGUCAGAUUGACUUCUCGGUGGGGAAAGACUGGGUGACAGACGCUAUAGUGCAGAAAAUACUGAAGAGCUACCGGCCCUUUGUGACCCACCUGAACCUGCGUGGCUGCCAUACGACAAAAUGGUCCAGCUUAAAAUAUAUCAGCGAAUGCAAAAACCUGCAGGAACUCAACUUGUCAGAGUGCUUAGCUAUUUCUGAUAUGAUGAUUCAGAAAAUCACUGGGGGAUGUCCGUGCCUGCUCUACCUGAACCUUUCUUACACACUCAUAACAAACCAGUCUUUGAGAGCAAUAUUCAGGAAUUGCCUCAGCCUUCAGUACCUGAGUCUGGCCCACUGCCGCAGAUUCACAGAUGAAGGAUUUAUAGCCCUGACCACAGAGGAAGGUGGUCGAAAUCUCAUGCACCUCGACUUAACCGCAUGCAUUCAGAUGACGCCAAAAGGGUUCGAAUACAUUUCUGCAGGAUGCCCGUCUCUCCAAGAGGCUGUGAUGAACGACAUGCCAACUCUCUCAGACACCUGUGUUUUGGCCCUACUUGCCAGGUGUUACAGUAUGUCCUCCAUCUCUGUACUGGGCUGUCCUCUCCUGUCCGACAUCACCUUUAAAAUAAUGGGAAAAGUAGCCAAUCUGAAGAGUUUGAGUGUAGAGGGCAACAACCAAAUAACUGAUGUGAGCUGGGAAGCCCUGUGCGGCUUCUCCGCUGCUCUCAGCAAGCUCCACGUGGUAGAGUGUCCUGGAAUGACCGAUUAUGGCAUGAGAUAUGUGGCCUCCCUCAAACACUUGAAUUACCUGGAUGUUUCGCUCUGCAGCAGGGUGACUGAUGCUGGAAUCAAAUAUUUGACUGAAGGUCCUUCAGCAUAUAAACUGCAUCACCUUAGCAUUAGUCAGUGCGGCCUCAUUGGUGAGUUCUCCAUCAGGAGGAUUGCACGAAGGUUGCAUAAACUGUUCCACCUUAAUUUGAGUUACUGUGAGAAGGUGACGGACAUGGCUUUGGAGUACCUGAAUGGCAGCUCCAUCCAGUCUCUGGACUUGUCUGGCUGCAACAUCCGUGAUCAGGGGCUUGAUUCACUUCGGAAGAUAAAACUAAAGAAGAUUGUAAUUGCCAAGUGUAUAUUCGUCACCGAUAUGGGCAUAGAGAAGCUGUGCGGCAACGUGAGAGAUCUGGAGAACAUUGACAUUUCCCAAUGUCCAGCUCUGACUGAUUCAUCAAUCAAAGCCAUUUCAUUUUACUGCAGGAGUCUCUUGAGACUGAAGAUGGCAGCCUGUCCACAGAUGACAGAUAUGGCGAUCGUGUAUCUGACCACUGGCUGUCAGUACCUGCUAGAACUCGACAUGAGUGGCUGCAUACUCCUCACCGAUCACUCUCUUAAAAACCUAAAAAAGAUUUGUCCUCCACUUAAAACCAUCAGAUUGAACGACUGCACGGGCAUCUCAUGGGAGGCCGCUAUAAAACUGAAAAGACGCGUCUCACACUGGGAGUACAGUGGCGACAAAUCUUCCCCCUGGCUUGAUUGCAAUGUACACAGGCUUGCAAUGAUCCCGAAGGAUAAUGAUGAAUGGAUGAUGGAGAGGGACUUUGGAACGUCAUAAACAGCAAUUACAUCCAGAAAGCUCAAAAUUCUGUUUAAAAACAGAAAAACCUGGAGGAUUGAUUAUCUUUAAGCAGAGAUCGCAAGCUUUAGUUCUAAAAGUCAGAUGUCCUGUGACUUUUAGACGCAUACUUCAUGCAACCUACCUGAACAGUUGAAUUACCUCCUCAGCUGACAACUAGAAGCUACAGAGUCCUGCUAAAGUCCUACUUAUUUCAUUCAGGUGUGAUGAAGCAAAGCUGCACAUAAAAGCUGCAGACCAACAUCAAGGACAGAAAUUUGAGGCCCGUUUCUGGUCACUCCAACCAUCGAUUUAGGAGCUUUUGUAAAUUUCUUUAAACUUUUAAGUGUUUUUAUUUUCACUAAUAUUUUUUAAACCAAUUAUAAACCAGGUUAUAAUUUGCCUGUCUUUGCCACAGUAAUUCAGCUAUAUUGCAGGUCUAAACCCUUAUAGUCUAUUUUUGGAUUUUAUUUUUUUUUUUACUGUAUUGUUAUUUUGUGCCCUUUCACAGAAUAAAUGUUCAACAACUUCUAAGAGCACAAACUGUAAAUGAGACGAAUAAAGUUUAAUAUUUA